GUUUAUGCUACGUUAAUUCUGUUCUCAACUUUUGUCGAUUUAAAGUUUUCUUUUACAUAAAUCGACAAAAGUCGAGAACAGAAUUUAGAUGUCAUCUAUUUUGAUAUGUGCACACAAAUAAGAUGAAGAUUUUACUUUCAUUUAAAAAUGGUCAAGAAAGAUGCAAACACGGAUGGCAGCCAGAAAGGUACGAGGAUCAAGGUUUCUGACCCAAAAGAUCAACAGGAAGUGCAUCUAGUGACUGGGGGUGGUGGGUUCGCGGGCAGUUGGUUGGGACGAAGACUGGCGGACCAAGGUCACCUGGUCAGACUUAUUGAUGUCUGCGCUCCUGUGUCAGCACUGAAAGAAGGCAUGGAGUUUAAUCAGUGUGACCUGACUGACCGUGAUGCUGUUGUGAAACUCCUUCGUGGCGUUGACUGUGUCUACCACUUGGCAUCUUAUGGCAUGUCGGGACGCGAGCAGUUGAAUCGGAAAAGAAUUGAAGCAGUCAAUGUUGGAGGGACCAAAAAUGUGAUACAAGGCUGCCUUGAAAACGAUGUGACCCGUCUUGUGUACACAAGCACAUAUAACACGGUGUUUGGUGGACAGAAGAUCGAGAAUGGUGAUGAAUCAUUACCAUAUCUACCUCUAGACAAGCACCCGGACCACUACUCAAGAACCAAAAGCAUUGCUGAGCAGACGGUUCUGGCAGCAGAUGGUAGUCCGACAAAAGGCGGGAAAAUCCUGCACACCUGUACAGUGCGUCUAGCUGCUGUGUACGGGCCAGGAGAAACAAGACAUAUACCCAGAAUUGUGGGUAACCUGGAGGCAGGACUGUUGGCGGUCACGUAUGAGAGAGCUAGUCUACAGGACUUCUUACAUGUGGAGAAUCUAGCCCUGGCCCACGAGUUGGCUGGGCAAGGACUCACAGAGGAAAAGAAAUACAUUGCUGCAGGGCAGGCGUAUUUCAUCUCCGAUGACAAACCCAUCAACACUUUCACCUUCUUCCAGCCGCUGAUCGAGGGCUUGGGAUAUACUAUGCCCCGUCUACAAAUCCCAUUGGCAUUGGUAUACUUUGUUGCAUACCUCAUUGAGUGGCUUCAUUUCUUGGUGUCUCCCAUCUACAACUUCCAACCAUUGCUCACUAGAACAGAGGUAUACAAAGUUGGCGUCACUCAUUACUUCAGUAUCAAGAAGGCUCAAUGUGAUCUAGGUUACACGCCAAUGAUUCAGAAUGAUAUGUCCGAAGUCGUCCAAUUUUACCUUAAAACAGGCCGCGUCAAACGUGCCAGGACUUCUACGGGUCUAUUUUACUGGAUCAUGAACAUUUUAAUUAUGUUAAUGUUUGGGUCACUUAUUAUGUCUUUCAUUCCUAUCGUCAAAUAAUCAAAUUUAUUUGUCACUGGUAUUUUUAGCAUUAACAUUAAUGUGAAUUUAUACAUUUGUGUGCCUUGUUUAUUAUUUAACUAACAUACAUAAGUUUGUUUUGUUCUUCAUAAAUAAAUAUUUGAUAAAAUA